AUGAUCAUAUUGUGGGCGCUUACGGGUCAUAUGAGUCUUCUCUUCGUCCUCGACACAAGUAUGAAGAUAGCGGUCGCCACCUUGCUCGUGGGUCUGAUGGCGUCAGUGCUGCCCCCGUUCCUGCUGAGGGUCAUCGUUCCCGCAGUGAUCGCGGUUCGCCUUCACCUGCUUGGGACGACGCACGGCGUGGUCUUCGUGGGCCUAUCGACGUGGAGGCUGGCGGUAGCCAAGGUCAUGGAGGCAACAAUCGUGAUGCGGUUGCUGGAGCGGGCGUCGGGAGGGCGCCGGGCGCGGUCUGCGAGUUCGCCCAGGAGGAGGUCGCGCAGCCGCAAGGGCGGCGGCCGCAGAGCCUCGUCGGAGGAUGCAGACCGCGAGGGCGGCAGCCGCGACGGGCGCCGGGACCGCAGCGGCUCGUCCCGGUCGAGGAGGCGGUCGCCGCGCCGCUCCAGCA